AAAAGGGAACCCAAUCCUCGUAUAUAAGGUAUCAUCGUUUAACAUUGUGCCUCCGAUUUUAGGGUUUCGGAGUCGUUGCAGCGCUGCGCAUCAAUCCGAACAAUGGCGAGGAUAAAGGUGUACGAGCUGAGGAACAAGACUAAGGCGGAGCUGCUGAACCAGCUGAAGGAUCUCAAGGCGGAGCUCGCUCUCCUCCGAGUCGCCAAAGUCACCGGCGGCGCCCCCAACAAGCUCUCCAAAAUCAAGGUGGUGAGGCUCUCGAUAGCGCAGGUUUUGACGGUUAUUUCGCAAAAGCAGAAAGCGGCGCUCAGAGAGGCGUACAAGAAUAAGAAGUAUUUGCCCCUUGACCUCCGUCCCAAGAAGACUCGCGCCAUUCGCAGACGCCUCACCAAACACCAGGCAUCAUUGAAGACAGAACGGGAGAAGAAGAAGGAGUUGUACUUUCCCCUAAGGAAGUAUGCGAUCAAAGUUUAGGUCAGAAUCGGUUUCAAGUUACAUUUGUAGAACAGUUAUUUGUAUUGAAAUUUUAAUUUUAAUGUUUUGAUGCCUGCAUAUGCUAGCAUUCCAAUUUUUAUUACCAGAGUUGUGUCGGUGCCUGCCUUUAGAGUUUCUGAGUUCUGUGUUAAAACUAGAGUUGUUUCGAGAAUUUAUGGUUGCUUUUGGCCUUUUGUUUUAUGGCGUAUCACCCGAUGAAUGAUCAAUGGCAGUAAUAGUAUCAUUUUUGAGUUCUGAUUUAUGCA